GCUAGGCUUUUAGCAUGUCUCAGAACAUCACGCAAUACAGAAAGGAAGUCAAAAUAAAGAUCAUGUCUAAUAAUAGUGAAGUGUUGAGUUGUUUUUAUCUUCUAGAAUUUCAGUCGUGCUAUACUGCAGGCGCAAAAACAAAACAACAGUCAGUCAUCUUUCAUUUCCUUGUUUCAAACCGAGCUUUAUAAAGGUAAAUAUUAUUUUGAAGUUGAUUAACUGAAUUGAUGCAUAUGGGUUGUCGUUGAUCAAUGAUUCUAGAAAACGUAAUCAAGAACAGAUUAGCUUCAGAAAUGCCACAAACGAAGUGAAACGCACUAAGGGGAAGAUGCAGAGUUCGAGUAGAAUUCCACGGCGAGUAAGCGGUGAAGGAGACAGUGUUUCCUCUAAUACGGACGUGAAAAAAGGCAAGCAGGAGACUCCUCAGAAAAUAUCAUUAACUGGUCAAGGAAAAGCUGCCAAGUUAUUGCGCCAGAGACUGGCAUUCGCGUUAGCAACCAACACGAAGCUAAAAUCGGAUUCUAGUAACAGUGAGUCUGAUCCAGAAACUACUGGUAAAGGGUCAAAGACUCAAGAGGGGAGAAAAACAUCAAUUCCACGAAAGAUCUCUCAGGAAACUACGAAAAAAACAACUGAACAGCAGCAUCUGUUAGGGGAGAAAAACAACGAGGGCAAUAUACCAGAUGCGAGCGAAAGAAGUCGGAAAUUUGGAACAACGCAGUCUUUUUUGAGGAAUGGCAUUGAUAAUAUUGAGCAAGGAAAAAUAUCAACGGCGGAUUUACCGAGACAAAAGAGACCCACGCGACUUUCCAAUUUUUCUUCGGAUAUAAACAAUGAAGUGCUCACUAACAAUAACACAGCUGUGACACUGUCACGAGAUCCACCGAGCUUCAACGAGUCAUUACCGAAUAUUCACGAAAUAGCUACGAAGAAAUCCAAAGGUAUCACUUCGCUGGAACAUGGCAAUUUUGACGUUAUAGAAAGGGAGUUGUCCAAGCUAAAAGUGGAAAUGUAUAAAACGUUGGAAGAUUUUCAAGAAAUAAAUGCCGUAACUGAAGGUGUGAAAAUGAAACUUGAAGAACUAAGGAGAGACAGAAUUCGCUCUGCAAGCUAGAUAAUAUUGGAAGCCCAUGCACAGAAGAGUUGCUUUGGGAUCGCUAAGGCUGCAGUGGUCUAAGUAAAAGACGGAACAAAACAGAAAAACACUUCAUGCAUUUAACCGCCCUCAUAUUGUUUCUCAAAAUUUAUUCCUGCUCUUAAGUGCCCAUGAAGUAAAAAAAUAAUUGCUGCUUAUUUGAAAGGCCUUUCAAAGUAAAGAAUGGCAUU